CAAUGCCAAUGUGCGUUGAAGUCCGACGACUAUCAAUCUUGACGAUCGUGGGGAGGAUAUGGUAUCUUACCCAUCACGUAUCCAAAUGGAAUGGAACGAAGGACAAAAGUCUGAGUGACGGUCAGCAACAUCUUCAACACAUAUCGAGUUUGUUGAAAGGGAGAGGAGUGAGAUUCAGCAACGACACCCGAAAUCACAAGAAGUUUGUAAACUACUCUACGAAACCACCGACAAUGGAAACGUCACAAUCACGACACAUCAAGCUAGGAAUCCUAGUCCCAUCAUCCAACACGGCAGUAGAACCAUUAACACAAUCCAUCAUCACUUCUCCCACAACACCAGAGACCGGAGGUUUAUCAUCCUUUUCCUCCUUCCCCUCCUCACCACCCCUCAUCACCGUCCACUUCUCCCGCUUCACCGUCACCGAAAUCUCACUCUCAAACUCAUCGCUCAGCCAAUUCAAACACGACAAAAUCAUCGCCGCCGCCCAACUACUCGCCGACGCUGGCGUCGACGUCAUCGGCUGGAGUGGAACAUCCGCCGGCUGGCUGGGCUUCCAACACGACACGGAACUAUGUUCGUUGAUCACAAGCCAGACGGGCAUCCCUGCCACAUCGUCGGUGUUGGCAUUGAAUCAACUCCUAACUCGACUCAACGUCACGAAUCUCGGCAUGGUGACUCCUUACCUCGACGAGAUGAACCGGAAAAUCGUGGAUAAUUAUCAAUCUCUAGGUAUCAAAGUCACGGCGGUGAAGAAGGGGCUGGGGAUUGUGGAUAAUCAUGAAAUUCGACGGAUUGGUGUUGAUGUUUUGGAUGGGUUGGUGGGAGAGCUUAUUGAGGGUAUGAGGAUGGAUGAGACUGAUGUCAAACUCACCGUUCUGUCGACUUUCUGCACGAAUCUGUCGGCCGCGCAGAGGGUUUCCUACUGGGAGGAGAAAUAUGAUGGUCUGAUCGUUUUAGACAGCGUGAGUACCGUCGUGUGGGGGACGCUUCAUCUGCUGGGUCUGGAUACGAGUUUCAUCAAGGGGUGGGGAAAGAUGUUUGAUAUUAAAUAGAUAAAUAUAGAGAGAAGACUGUCUCGAGG